GUCGAAACGACUUUGAGGACUGGCUGUGUACCUUCUCUUCACCUUGCAGGGUUGCAUGGCGACGGGCGGGUUGCCGUCUCGUUCAAGUCGUGUCGGCUACUCUUCCGCGCUCCUCGUGGUAUUACCACCCACUACGCACCGCAAUCGCUGCGAUUAUGGCUACACCAUAAACCUUGUGAUUAGCCGCAGCUCGACGGCGACGAUCGACGUCGAUCUUGAGUUUCAAGUUGCGAGGACGAUGACGAGGCUCCAGUUGCCAACCAAAUCCAGCCGGCGAGGGCGCGUGUGAUUGGUGGAAAAGAGUGUCCCAGCAAUUGAACGGCCGGUGGAAGAACGAGGCGUUCGCCGAGCUUCCACGUGCGUCUUCAUGUGCCGUCCAGCGCUCACGCUUGAUCGAGCCCGAGCGCGAUAAGCGUCAUCGGUCACGUACGCACUGUGUCGAUCCAACUCUCGCCUUGCAGCGCACUCAAAUAGUGUAUGUAAGGCACGCUUUUAGACAGCACCAACACCAUCAUAUGUUAACAUUCUCGCAGCGACUUGGAGCGUGCGCACUUCCUACUUGUGUUGAAAGUGCAUGCUCGAGGUGGGUUGCGGCCCGAGUGAUCGCGUCUGGGGGCGCCGCUCAUGGAUUCUUACGUGGUCGGCGCGGCACCCAAGUGCAAUGUCAGCGGCAGGCAACCCCCUCGAGAAAGAUGGGAUCGAGUCCUUCCGCAUCGCAGCCCAGCGCGCGCUCAAGGACCAGAAGGUGCAGUAUGAGCUCGAGCAGCAGGUGGUCGAGCUCGGUCGGCUCCAAGUCGAAAACAAGGCGCUCCAUACGCGCGUCAAGGAGCUCCAGACCGCGCUCGAGGCGGGCAUUGAAGACCGUGAGCGUGUCAUUCUCUUCAAGAUGAAGCGGAUCGACGAGCUCCAAGAGAAGCUAGCCAUUCUGGAGACCGAAGCGCUGCAGCAGACGAACGGCGCGAUUCGGGCCAUGCAGGAAAAACUGGAUGCCAUGACACAAGAUCGGGAUAUGUACUUUGCCAAGUACAAGGAAGCGGACGAGCUCCUUGACGAGAUGCGAUCGUUCAAGGCUGUAAAGGAGGGGAUGCAGCGUGACAUUGACCGACUGACGCGCGAGCGCAACGACCUUCAGCACCAGCUUGUGAGCCAGGUGACUGAGCUCGAGAAGAAGAGCAUUACCGACAUCCAGCGCAUGCGCAAGCAACAAGAAGACGAGGUCCUUCGAACGCGCGACGACAUGCACAAGAUGAUGACCGAGAGCCUCGAUGGCACGACGCGUCGCGCCGUCGAAGAGAACGAACGCCUUACGCUCGAACUUCGGUACCAGUCGUCCAAGAUUGAAAAGCUCAUCAAGCAGACCGAUGCUCUCUUGCGGGAAAAGCAAGAGCAGCGCAACAACACGGAUAUUCUAUCAGAAAUGACGGAAACGUUGUCCCGCAAAGUCAAAUUUUACGAAAAAUUAUUUCAAAAAAUGCACUACAAGGAGCGCAUGGCCGUCGAGCAGCAGCUUGUGGCGGCCCAGCAGGCAAGUAUCGCGGACAAGCAAAUCAAGUACGACCUCGUGCACGGCCGCACGUCGCCGUCCAAGCAAACUGCAGCGCCCGAAGCAGAACCCACGCUAUUGGAUCCCGGUACGCCGUGGAAAGAGGCGCUCGAGACGCAUCUCGAAGCGCGAAGCAAGACCCAGCGCAGUAUCGGAAUCGUCUUGCAGUACAACCGGUUCAUGGCCGGCGGCGACCACCCCUUGAUACCGCACAAGCCGAGCCCGGGACGCAAGGCCAAGAAAACUGUAAUGGCGCGCCGCUUCAUGACCGCCCAAGCGAUUGAGACGGUGCGACUGCCCAACCUCACGGAAACCGAGACGCCGCUCAAAUUUGUGUCCAAGUGCGAAUACCUCGACUCGACGUCCCCGCGGCGACCCCGCGAAAGCCCCAAGACGGCGCGUAUAUAGUCGUGCACUCAACCCUAACCUCGUAUCGUCAUCAUACUCGGCUCUUAUGGCCUCGAUAAACGGCGGCCAAACAAAUUAUUAUCGAUUUGGAGUGAACACCCACUGCACAAAAGGAAGUAUACCAACUUCCUUUAUAAACAUGUGCACAAAAUUGUCA